AUUUUUUAUGAAUUUACUUCUAGUGUUGUUCAUCAUCCUUCUUUACUGAACUCAUGCUGUCAAGAGGUUUGAGAUGGUCCUUGAGCCAGUAUUUAAAGAUUCCAAUUCUCUACUAAGAAAUAUCGAAAGUAAAGCUCAAAUAUCACAAGGCUCACAUGAAACUCAUAAAUCAGGGACUCGGAGAUAUUUGAAAUCUGUAGCUCAAGAAAUUGAUAAUAUCAGGAAUUUAGAAUAUCAUGGAACUCUUUAUAUGGGACCUGAGAAACAGAAGAUGACAUUUCAAUAUGACACUGGAUCCUCGUGGAUAGUAUUUCCGACCACACUUUGUAAAGAAUGUACAAAUCAUAAUUUAUAUGAUAUUAAUGGCUCUCUCGACCUUCCUAAAGAUCACAAGCAACGUGAAAAAGCAUUUGCCAAUAUCCCAGUGUACGACAUUACAUAUGGAGAUGGGAGCAAUAUCGAUGUGACCAAAGUCCAAGAGGAUGUUUAUCUCAGUAAAGAUGGACCUCAAGUAGUCAAAAAUUUAGUCAUGUUUGGAAUAGUCUCAGCUCGCAACUAUGAACGAUCUAUCGCAGAUGGGAUAUUAGGAUUAGGCCCCUCACAUCAGAAAAGCGGAAGGAUUAAUUUUGUAACUACCCUAAAAGAACAAGGAAUUAUAGAUGAUGAAAUAGUGUCUUUUGAUUAUAAACCAGUCGGAAUGGAUUCAAGAAUUAUUUUUGGCGAUAUUGAUACAGAAGUUGUUAAAAAUAAAAGUGAUAUCGCCUGGAUUCCAAUGAAAGGAGGAACAAACUAUUGGAUACUUUCAAUAAAUAGCGUUUAUUAUGGGGAUAAGAAACUUCAUUAUCAACCAAAAUAUGCAAUCAUUGAUACUGGGAGUUCAGACUUGGUCCUUGCUCAGUGGGCGUUUCUUGAUUUUAUGGCAUAUCAUCUGAAUAGGAGUCUUGACUGUUCAUUUAGUCCUAACAAAGAAUUUGUAGAAUGAGGUUGUGAAGGUGGACUCGAAAGCUUUCCAAAAUUUACAUUCAAUAUCAAUGGAUAUGAUCUAGUACUGGGCCCUGAGGAAUAUAUCCUCAAAGUAGGAAAGAGCUGAUCUAUACAAAUCUUCAAUAUUGGAAGUGAAGUGAAUAUGCAGGAUACUAUUAUCCUUGGAGUAAAUUUUCUUCGUAAAUAUUUUACUAUAUUUGAUAUCAAGAACUCAAAAAUCGGUAUUUAUGGAAAAGGAGUAACAAGAAAUAAAAACUCCACACCAAAAUAUAAGCUUUAUCUGGUGCUUACAAGUCUUCUUGCUUUAGUAGCCAUUAUAACUGCAAUACUCUUCAUGUGUGAACCAAGGAUAGAAAGAUCAUUUUCUCAGGGUGGAAAAAUGCACUAAAAUAUUACAUCUAUUGCUUUUAGAAGAAUCUUUGUUUAUA